AUGAAGAUCCUCGCCUCCUACGGCAUCAACACCCCGAAGGGCGACGUCGCCACCACCCCGACCGAGGUGGAGCGCGUGGCGGCCAGCCUGAAGACCGAGGACUGCGUCAUCAAGGCGCAGGUCCUGGCCGGCGGCCGUGGCAAGGGCCACUUCGAGAGCGGGCUCGUGGGCGGCGUGCGGGUGGUCCACUCGCCGACCGAGGCUCGCAUGUUCGCCGAGAAGAUGCUCGGCCAGCGUCUGUUCACCAAGCAGACCGGCAACCAGGGCCGCAUGUGCAAUGCCCUGUAUGUGGUGGAGCGCCUGUUCGUCCGCCGCGAGUACUACUUUGCCAUUCUGAUGGACCGUGCCCAUGGUGGUCCGGUGCUGGUGGCCUCGCCCCAGGGCGGCAUGGACAUCGAGGCCGUGGCCGAGGAGACCCCGGAGGCCAUCUACUCCUACCCGGUUGACAUCAACCAGGGCCUGACCAUGGAGAAGGCGCGCCAGGUGGCCACCGACCUCGGCUUCACCGGCAACCAGGUGGACGACGCGGCCAACACCUUCCUCAAGCUGUACAAGAUGUUCAUCGAGAAGGACGCCACCAUGGUGGAGAUCAACCCCCUGGCUCUGUCCUCCGACAAUGAUGUCCUGUGCAUGGAUGCCAAGAUCAACUUCGAUGACAACGCCCAGUUCCGCCAGCCGGACGUCUUCAAGAAGCGCGACCCGACCCAGGAGGACGUGCGCGAGGUGGCUGCCUCGGAGUUCGACCUGAACUACAUUGGUCUGGAUGGCUCGAUCGGCUGUCUGGUCAACGGCGCCGGUCUCGCCAUGGCCACCAUGGACAUCAUCAAGCUGCAUGGCGGCUCGCCGGCCAACUUCCUCGAUGUCGGCGGCAGCGCCACCGAGCGCCAGGUCACCGAGGCCUUCAAGAUCAUUUCCUCCGACCCGCACGUCCAGGCCAUCCUGGUCAACAUCUUCGGUGGUAUCAUGCGCUGCGACACCAUCGCCCAGGGCAUCAUCACCGCUGUCAACCAGCUGAACCUCAACAUCCCGCUGGUGGUCCGCCUCCAGGGCACUCGCGUGGCCGAGGCCAAGGAGCUCAUCGCCAACUCCGGCCUGAAGAUCAUCUCCUGCGACGACCUCGACAAGGCCGCCAAGACCGCCGUCAACAUGUCCCAGAUCUGGGAGAUGGCCAAGAAGUCCAACAUCAACGUGAAGUUCGAGCUGCCCCUCUAA